UUGACAUCUGGCAUUUGUUUUUUUAAAGCAGUGAUUCCUUACCAACAAAUUUUCUCAUCUUCAUUGUCUAGGUUUUGAUAAAUCGAAGAUUUUCAAGAAUUCUGACGACAACACUUGUUCGCCAGACAAAAAGAGAGGCAUCUACGUAGCGAGGACCGAGUACAAUAUACUGAUGCAUGAUUCUAAGAACCAGAAUCACAAAUGGAAUGUAACAUUCUUUGAUUACACCUCUCUAGCUAUGGGCAAAGAGAUGCUAAAUGAUUAUGGUAUAAUCCACUUCACAUCGACCUCAAAUGGCCGCGUUAUGUCCUUUGACCGUAAGACUGGAGACUUGGUCUGGUCCCACAACUUCGAAACGCCCGUCGUAGCCGCCUACAUACUAGACAGAGAUGGACUGAUCUCUGUCCCUUUCAAUUCCAUUGGAGACGACACCUUGGAUCACAUCAUGGAAGAUGCUACGACGUUGACCAAUGGACAGGGGAUAAAGAAUUCGAAUAUUGAGUUGUACCCAACAUUAUACGUCGGUGAACAUAACCAUGGUCUAUACGCCUUAUCCUCGUUGGUAGAUAAAAAUACAAUAACGAUAUCAACUGGGCACGCACAACCCCUGCUGCUGGAGGGCCCGACAGAAGCCGAGGACAAAUCAGACACACUGAACUACGAGCCAUUCAAAAAUGUGCACUACAAACUCAGAGAUUUGAACCUCCACGUGUCAGCGCCCUAUCUCUUGCUAGGGCACUACAAAGUUCCCGAAUUAACCACAACAUGGAUGCCUCAACUACCAAACUCAAACUUUUUAAACGUACACAACUCACAGAACAGUGCGAUUAAAUUAAUAAAUGGACAAGUUCAUUCAGAAGCUGACAAUGACGUUGAGAACGAGACUAAUUUGAAGUCGAAUUCGAUAUCAGUGUCCGUGCAAACUGAAGAUUUGUUCGAAGGGUUCAACUUCAGGCCCGACCUGUGGUACAAGCAGGCUUACUUGUGGUUCCAUCAGCAGGAGAAUCAAGUUCUCAAGGUCGCGCUAAUUAUAUUAGUCGGGCUCGUCAUCACCAUGUUUUGGUAUCUACGCUAUCAGGCUCGCGAGUUUCAACAGUUAUCGCAAGGUGGCUCUCGUACGUCAAACGCAUCGACCUCAUCCAACGGCGAGGUGACGGGUCAACUUAUGGAGAUCGGGAACGGAGAGGUCAGAAUAGGCCGGAUCACAUUCAACACUGAUCAGGUGCUUGGCAAGGGAUGUGAAGGCACUUUUGUUUAUAGAGGUACAUUCGACAAGCGUGCAGUAGCAGUGAAACGUUUGUUGCCGGAAUGCUUUACGUUCGCUGACCGCGAGGUGGCGCUGCUAAGAGAAUCCGAUGCGCACGCGCACGUCGUCCGCUAUUACUGCACAGAGAGGGAUAAACAGUUUAGGUACAUAGCAUUAGAGCUUUGUUCAGCGACGUUACAAGACUACGUUGAGAAGAAGCUAAACUUCGAGUGCGCUAUAGACGCGGUGGAAGUCCUUCGACAGGCGACUAUGGGCCUCUCGCACUUACAUUCUAUGGAUAUAGUUCAUAGAGACGUGAAACCUCACAACGUGCUGCUAUCAAUGCCGACGGGCGCUGGUGAAGUCCGGGCCAUGAUCUCGGACUUCGGUUUGUCCAAGAAGCUCAAUCUCGGGAGGAUGAGCUUCUCAAGACGUUCCGGAGUGACCGGCACCGAUGGAUGGAUCGCACCCGAAAUGGUUAAUGGGGAGAGAACUACGACGUCAGUAGAUAUAUUCUCUCUGGGCUGUGUAUUCUACUACGUGCUAUCGAAAGGGCAACAUCCGUUCGGUGACAUGCUACGGAGACAGGCGAACAUACUUACAGGAGAAUAUAACCUAGAACAACUUGACAAAAUAUUGCCUGACGAGGAGGUGCUGGUAACAAAGAUCCUGAUCCGCGCGAUGAUAUCGCCGCGGCCGGGCGCGCGGCCGCCGUGCGAGACUGUGCUCAAGUACCCCAUGUUCUGGGGCAAGCAGAGCAUACUCAACUUCCUACAGGACGUAAGUGACCAGGUGGAGAGCGGCGGCGGCGGGUCGGAGGCGGCGCUGGAGCGCGGCGCGCGGCGCGUGGUGCGCGGCGACUGGCGCGCGCGCGUGUGCGGCGCCGUGGCCGCCGACCUGCGCGCGCGCCGCACCUACCGCGGGGACCGCGCCGCGCAUCUGCUGCGCGCCAUACGGAACAAGAAACAUCACUACAGAGAAGUAGACAUCGAAGUCCGAGAAAGUCUCGGCAAGCUGCCGGACGGGUUCGUGUCGUACUGGUUACGACGAUUCCCCCUCCUACUUCCACACGUGUGGCUGCAGAUGCAACCCUACAGACACGAGGACGUCCUCCAAGGGUACUACCCACACGCCUUCACGUUCCUACGAGAAGACGUACCGGAACUGAGCGACGACGGACCCAUCGACGACGAUAUACCGCACGAAAUGUGCGACCCAGGUAACAACGAAUUAUUUAUCAAAAGUAGAGUGUUUGUCGACGAAAACCAUUCUCCCAAAUUCAGAAAAGAAGGAUCCCCUAGAAAACGAAAUGAGUGGAGACACGACGAGAGGAUACGACAAGAUGACGUCAGACUCAGAGAUAGACAUUACUACAAGAAGAAAGAAAGAAAACGGGAAGAAAUCCCAGUAUGGACAUUACCGCCCCAGUGAAGUGUUUAUGCUUAUUGUAAGUGAAUUUUACUUGACCAGAAGUCACAGGGACUAGUUUAGAUAGAUUGUUUCUAAAAUCGAAUUCCUUGAAGAUAGAGAUUUUUUAGCUCCAUAAUAUUGCUAACAAAAUAAGUGAAUCGUUUAUUGGAUUUGACAGUUAUGACAAUCAUGGCGCUAGUGUGUUUCCCUGCAGUGGAAACGAAGUAUUACUAAUUGAGUAAAAAGUUUUAUAUUUCUAUUGUUUGACGAGUUUAUUGACUAUUUCAAAGUUCUAUUAAUUAGUUAUAUUUAAUCAAAUAAUUUAAUCGUUUUGCUUUUUUAUAUAUCUAGAUUAAUGUUAUUUUU